CGCUUCAGCUUUGCAUUGCAUACUUUUGAUAUCCUUUCCAUACACACAAUACCCAUGCUGCGCGGUCGAUACUCUCGGUUAUAUUACGAGUCAUGCAUACCUGCUGCGCUGCUGGUCGUCAUAUGCAGCCAUUUUGGCGUUCCACCGGCCUGCCGGCACAUACACAAUGGGCGCAUGCGUUGCGUUGCUGGUAUCGAUUCCGCUGUACAUAAAGCACAACAGCUACCAGCUGGCGACCGGGCCGGACCGCCACGAUAAGGUUACAGACACCGUGGUGCUUCCCGGGACCACAGGGGCCAUGUAUCGGCCUGCAGCCGACGACGGGGUCGUGUGGGGCGCAUGCCUUCUGCCGCUGGUGCUGUCGGCAAAGGCGAUCGAUCAGAGCGCAGAAGUUGAGCCGCGCGGAUUGUCGGUGGGCUUCGCAAUCGCCGUAGCAGUGGCCAUGAGCACAGCAUUCGCAGUGUCGUCGCUGAGUGCAUUCCUGCAGCAGCGGCGGGGCGAGCAGGUGCGGUGGACGCCGUUAGUGUAUGUGUCGAAUGGCCUCUCGGUGGGUCUGGUGGCCGUACUGCUGGCAGUGGUCGCGCAGAGCCUGGUUACGGUCUAUGUGGCUCGGUCGCUGGCCAAGAGCUUUACGCUGGGCGAGGCAGCGGUCGUUGCCCAGACAGUGGUGCUGGUGGCUAUGGAUUUUGCUGCGCGAGUGUGGAGUAGCGGCGAGCCGUACGAGGACAUUGGCGCUGUGUGCUUGGAGGCGGCAGUGCUGGGCCUGCUGGCCAUGGCACGGGUGCUGGCUUCUGCGUUUGCGGAGCCGGCGUCUGUGAUCGGGUCGCACAGGCCCGUUGACAACUCCAGCAUGGCUGCGGUUGCCAAGUUCGCGGGCAUUGUCGGCAUGUUCGGCUCAGCGUCCUUGGUGUCGGUCGUAUACAUCGCCCGGAUGGUGCUUGGGUCGACGGACCACCUGCUCACGAUCGCCUACUGGGUGGGUCUGCUGAUUGUAGGCGGCGGCGUCUAUGCGCUGGCGGCCAACACCUGUGGCAUUUGGCAGCUCCGCGGAGCAAACUGGCACUGCACAUCAAGCGCAAGUCGUACCACCUCCUUGGCCACGCUGAUGUUUGUCCCCGGAUUCCUGGCCGCCCCGCAGCUGCUCCACCUGGGGUUCACCGUGGCCCUGUGCGUGCGCCUGUUUGGCAUCGGCCCGCUGGCCAGCCCGAUGCGCGACUUUUUCGCCAAGUUUGUCGACCACCGCGACGCCGGCUGCCUGGUGACGUCUCACUUUUACCUGCUGCUUGGGUGUGCCCUGCCCGUGUGGCUGGGCGGCUCGAGCCCCGUGGCGUGUCUUGCUGGUGUGCUGUCGCUGGGCGUGGGCGAUGCGGUGGCGUCGCUGGUGGGCAUGCGGCUCGGCAGGGUCCGCUGGCCCGGCUCGCCCAAGACCAUCGAGGGCACGGCAGGGUUUGUGGUCAGCAUGCUUGCUGCGAUCCAGCUCAUCCGUGCGCGUCUCGGCGGGCCCGGCGGCGCGGGCGGAUUGUCCUUUUUGCUGCUGUCAGCUGUUGCCGGGGUCCUCGAGGCGUUCACUGAGCAGAACGACAACCUCGUCAUCCCACUGUUCAUCUAUGCGGGUGCCCACGCCAUGUCCACUGGCGCUGGGCUCGACAUUGUCCGCCUUGGCCCGGCGUCACUGGUCGCCUUUGCCGUUGUGCUGCCUGACGUCAUUGAUGCGACCAAGCAGCGCAGCAUCACGGGACUGGCCGGCAGCCAAUAGGAUGCAGUGUGAUCAAUAAAUCAGUGUAAUUUCCAGCGG